UUUCGUGACCACUCAAUAGAUUUUAUAACAAUUUAUAAAGACGCAGUGCCUCAUAUGAGUAUGAGCGCGUAUGUGCAGAUUGGUUGUGUAAUAUAUUUUCUGUUGACGAAACACACCAUCUCAUGGAGUUUGCUGGGCAUCUACGGUUUUUUUGAAAAUGCAGUCUUUGUUUUGGCUCAAAUGGAAUUUUCAAGCCCGACCAUUCAUCAGUUCAAGCAGUGUAGCGUAGCCAUGGUAGUGACUGUAUCUGCUUGUUGUCAACUAAACGAAAAGGGAAGACGAAUUUCCUUUAAAUGGCCGACAUUAAAUUCCCCAUUAUUGUAUAACAAUCUUUGUUUGUACCCACACUCAGCUGUUACCAUGUAUGUGCAUAGUGUUUCUACUGCAUCCAUUCCAGUAUCAAGCCUGAAAUCAGGCGCUUUAUAUUUUAAUGAAACAAAUCCAGUUGCAGCAGAUUCCAGUGUUUAUGCUCGGCUGUUGCAGGGAUGUAUACACCAGAAAGCGCUGCAACAAGGCAGGCUAGUUCAUGGUCUCAUAAUCACUACUGGCUUUGAUGUAGACAUUGCUUUAGGGAGCAGGUUGAUUAAUAUGUACCUGAAGUGCGGAAGUUUGGAGGAUGCACGCAAAGUGUUCGACAAAAUGUCCGAGCGAGACGUGGUUGCUUGGACUACCAUCAUUACAGGAUACGUUCACAAUGGACCUCCCACGCAAGCUCUGCAACUUUUUCUUGAAAUGCAAGAAGCCGGAGUCAUACCCAAUCAUUUUACAUACUCGACUAUUGUUAGUGCGUUGUCUAGUUUGGAACAUGCCAAAUGGGUUCAUGGGAAAGUUAUCAAAAGUGGUUAUAUGUCGAAUGUUUUUAUUGGAAGUGCUCUUGUUGAUCUGUAUGCUAAAUACAAUGCCAUAGAAUGUGCACACAAAGUGUUUGACAAAAUGUCGGAACGAGAUUUAGUUCUCUGGAAUACAGUUAUUAAUGGGUAUGCUUGCCUUGGACAUUGCGAGAUGGCUUUGAAGCUCUUCUGUUCAAUGAAAGAUGAGGGCACCGAUCCUGAUCACUUCACAUUCUCGAUUCUUCUCCGAUUGUGUGCCACUCUAUCAGUUCUGGAACAUGGCAAGCAAUUUCAUGUCCAUGCCAUCAAGAGUGGGCACGAGUUUGAUGCAUUUGUGGCAAGUGCCCUUGUUGAUAUGUAUGGUAAGUGCGGAAGCAUGUCAGAUGCACGGAAAGUAUUUGAUGAAGCUCCUCAACGUGAUACCGUAUCAUGGAAUUCAAUUAUUGCAGGAUGUGUUCAGCAUGGUUGUAGCACAGAGGCUAUACAGUUUUUUGAGCGGAUGCAGCGCGAAGGUGUAAAACCUAGCAGCGUCACCUUCCUCUGUGUUCUCUCUGCAUGCAAUUAUUUAGGUUUAGUGGACGAGGGUUAUAGGUACUUUAAUUCCAUGACUAGAGACUAUGGGAUUGUUCCUGAAGCAAACCACUAUGCUUGCAUGGUUGAUGUACUUUGCCACGCUGGUCUUCUUGACGAAGCCCAUGAUUUUAUUCAAAAAAUGCCUUUGAAACCCAAUUCUUUGGUUUGGAGUUCCUUGCUCGGGGGCUGCAGAAUUCAUGGAAAUAUAAAGUUAGGUGAACAUGCUGCAGAGAAAAUUCUGGAAUUGAAACCAGAAGAUGCCUCUGCUUACGUUUUGUUGUCUAACAUUUAUGCCGCAGGUGGCAGGUGGGAUGAUGUAGCGAAGAUGAGAAAAUUGAUGAAAGAAAGAGGGGUAGUAAAAGAACCUGGACUCAGUUGGAUUGAGGUCAGAAAUAAGGUGCAUACAUUUUCUGUGAGAGAUAGGUCACAUCCUCAAACAGAGGAAAUCUAUACAAAGCUGGAGGAAUUGUUGAAGCAGAUGAAGGAUGAUGGUUAUGUGCCAGAUACAAACUUUGUGCUGCAUGAUGUAGAAGAGGAACAGAAGGAAAAGUUUUUGCAUCAUCACAGUGAGAGAUUGGCAAUUGCUUUUGGGCUAAUCAGUAAAACCCCAACACAACCAAUUAGAAUAUUCAAGAAUCUUCGCAUCUGUGGUGACUGUCACACUGCCGCCAAGUUCAUUUCCAAGAUAGCAGGGCGUCAAAUUGUUGUGAGGGAUGCGAAUCGUUUCCAUUGUUUCACCAAUGGAAUUUGUUCUUGUGGGGAUUAUUGGUGAUUUAAGAAAAAAGAUUUACAAACUUGAAACCUUCAGCAUCAACAUUCGUCUGGUAGCUGACAAUAAGGUGCGAUUAUAGUUUCUAAUUAUGAUUUCCAUUUUCAUUGAGAUUCUUUGAAGCAAAUUACCAUAUUCACUCAAUUGUAAAUAUCAAGCAAGUACGAUCUUCUUGUAAAUGUCGAACAAGGAAAUGGCACCAAAUAGAAUUCAAAACUACAGUUAUGGUUUGGUAGAGGCCAAAGCCAUAUUUACAAAACAAAAGCCAAAAACACCACAUACAGGGCAGGCACCAUCUUGAAUUACAGUAACAUACACACUCCAAAUUACCCAGAA